CGUUGAAAACUUUUUAUAUAAGACAUUCAUUCUGUCUUAACUCAUUCUUAACGGCCGGUCGGUCGUUCGUAGUUGAAUUCCUAAUCAAUCAUUCUUCACUCUGUGAUAAUGUGGUUGUUAUUUGAGCAUUUUCAUAUUUAUCGAUUUUCUUGCGUUAUUGAUAAAUGAUAAUUGACUUAUUGAUAUUUCAACCUAGUCAGAACAGCACUCACAAUUAUUCUGUGUUUGUAUCGGAAUUUGAAUCAUUGCAAUAUCCAAAGAAUGCCGCCUACCAAGAGUGACGUUUGGCAGUAUUUCGUCAAGAUUAACAAAGACGAAGUGAAAUGUAAGAUUUGUUUCAAAACCUUAAAAUCGUCAGGGAAUACGUCAAACAUGAAUAAACAUUUAAAGAAAUACCCUAAUUCUGAUGCCUCAAGUGUAAAAGGAGAUAAAAACCAAACGACGAUGUCGACGAUUCAGAAAAAGUUAGAACUGUCGAAUUUACCGAGUCGUGAUCACGAACCCCAACCAUCAACAAGUACAUCGAAAGCACCUGAAUCAGAUACAUUGCUAACAACUCCUUCGCCAUCGGAUGUCGAGAGAAUUCCAAUAGUAAUCAGUGGUGAUGGUGAGUUAGAAGAAACCUAUGCACCACUUCCAAAAAAAAGGCAACUUUCAAUUGUACAAUCAAUGGAACGAAAAUACUCUUAUUUGGAUGGAGGAAAAGAUUAUUUGAAACUCUGCAAAUGUUUGCUUUAUUUUAUUUGCGUUGAUAAAAGACCGUUUGACAUUGUGAAAGGGCGUGGGUUUAAAAAAUUGAUGCAUCAAGCGUGUCCAUCAUUUAAAAUUCCUCAUGUAGAUACCCUUAAAGCACAAUUCGAACACUUUUAUAGUGUAAUGCGUUUGAAAGUAGAAAAUAUAUUUGACAAUGUAGAUCACGUGGCAUUAACCUGCGAUAUUUGGAGUGAGAUGAUGACUGUUACCAGUUAUUUAGGGGUUACUGCUCAUUAUUUGCAAGAAGACAAACUGGUGUCACGUUGCAUAGCUACCGUUGCACUGGAUCAGCGUCAUACUGGUGAUUUUAUCGCUGAAAAAUUAAAAGAAAUUUGUGCAGGUAUACACAUCAGUUUGGAUAAAAUAACUGCAGUAGUUACAGACAAUGGCUCGAACAUGAUAGCCGGCAUAGCAAAUUUUCUAGAAAAGAACAAACAUUUACCUUGCUUUGCUCAUACAAUUAAUCUAAUCGCUGAAUCUGCCAUGUCAGUCAAUGAUUUAGGAGCAUUAGUAAGCAUGGUACGAGACAUUGUAAAAUUUUUCAAGAGCAGUGUAAUCCUCAGUGACUCUUUACGUCAAAAGCAAACUGGGUCUCAACCUCUAAAACUGAUUUUAGACGUGAAGACUCGGUGGAAUUCCGUCUAUUAUAUGCUACAGAGAUACAUUGAAUUAGCACCAAUAGUUCAUCAAAUUUUGAUGUUAAAUACAAAAGCACCACCCACACCAUCGGCUGUAGAAAUGCAAAAUAUUAAAACAUUGAUUUGUAUUUUGAAACCGCUGGAGUAUGUAACCAAAGAGUUAUCAGGUGAACAGUAUGUAACCAUUAGUAAAAUAAUUCCGAUGGUGAACUGUUUGAAGACGCAGAUUAAUAAUAUACCUAUGGCUGUAGAUGAUGGUGAUGGUCCCCAUGGAAGGGAGGUCACUUAA